CGUUUUUGCUCCGUCAAAAAAGAUAAAACAAAAAAAAAAAAUCCAUCACAACACAAAACUCGCCUCUUCCUUCUCUUUCUCCAACACUUCCUCUUAACACAUCGAUCCCGAUUUCAUCUGAAUCUUCCAAUUUCUUCGCUCCGGCAAAUUCUCCGAUCUUCAGAUUUGGAGCUUGACGAAUAGAGACUUAUUCGAUCUGCAUCCGCUUCCGCCAGCUCAAGGAGGCUGCAUCUGGAUAGUGUGAUUAAGUGUUGGAUUUCGGAAUUUGAAACUUCAGAUUGAUUUGAUUUUGCUGAACUUAUAGGUUUUCUUUGUUACUUCUAAGGAGAAUAUGGCAACUAGGGGUCAAGGUGGUAUCCAACAAUUGCUUGCUGCAGAGCAAGAAGCUCAACACAUUGUCAAUGCUGCCAGAAACGCAAAAUUGGCUAGACUGAAACAAGCCAAAGAAGAGGCUGAAAAGGAAAUUGCUGCAUAUCGUGCCCAAGUCGAGGCUGAAUUCCAAAGAAAACUUUCUGAGAGUAGUGGAGAUUCGGGAGCUAAUGUUAAGCGGCUUGAAAUCGAGACAGAUGAAAAGAUUUAUCAACUGAAAGAAGAGUCUGCUAGAAUUUCACACGAUGUCGUGAACAUGCUCCUGAAGCAUGUGACAACCGUAAAAAAUUGAGCUUCUUGAUCAUAAAGGUUUGCAGUAAGAACCUCUAAAUUAUGUUAUUCUUUUUGUGGUGCCUGGAAAUGGCUUUAAACUGCAUGUGUAUUAUGGAGAUGAAUCCUUUUCUUUGUAUGGAUCAGUCAGUAUUUUUGCAGACUGCACUCUGUUGAAUAAUAUAUGAUUUCAUUUAAUGUUCAGUUUUAUUAUUUUCUUUUUUAAUUUUAACGAUUAUGAGGUGGAAGAUUGAAUAAGAUAUCUUUGAAAUA